AUGGAGCAAAACUACGAGAAUGCUAUUGCUACGUUAAACACACUACAAUCCAACAAUAGCGUUUUACAGGAUUCCAUCCAAAGCAGGCAUAAAAACGAUUCAAAGCAUACAAGCGACACAGUAAAAUUUUUAAAACGAAUCGGAAUUACAAUGGAAAAGUUGGAUCUACUCCCCGUGAUACAUGUUUCUGGAACUAAGGGAAAGGGGACAACGUGUGCUAUGGUGGAAUCGAUUCUUCGCUUGAAUGGUUAUCGCACCGGGUUCUAUAGCUCACCGCACUUGGUGUCUGUAACGGAACGCAUCCGUCUAGAUGGACAACCGAUUUCAAAAGACCGUUUUGCGGAGCAUUUUUGGAAAAUUUACAACAUGCUGUUCGCUGCCCAGGAACGCGAUUCGGAUAUGCCAUCGUACUUUGGAUUCCUGACCUUGCUAGCUUUAAACGUGUUCAUUGGCUCUGUGGAUGUAGCAGUAAUAGAAGUUGGGAUUGGCGGACGGUACGAUUGCACAAACGUUAUACGAAAUGCACAGACGGUCGGCAUUACCUCUCUUGGACUGGAACAUACACAGCUGUUAGGAGAAACGUUGGAAGCGAUUGCUUGGCAAAAAGCUGGAAUCGUAAAACAAGGAUCAGAAGUAUUUGUCGCAGAGCAACCAGCUGAAUGCAUUGCUGUAAUUGAAAGCGAAUGUCGCCUUAAAAAUGCGAAGCUACACAUUGUUCCGUCUCGGUUGGAACAGUAUCGUUGGACGAAGAUACCUACAAUGGCGCACAAUCGCUGUCCGGAGAUGGAAAUUAAUACAUCGCUGGCAACUCAAAUAGCGGUGAACUGGAUUCGGCGUACACGUCCUCAUAUUUUACCAUUUGACGAUAAGCUGCUGAUUCCUGAAAGCAUUAUAGAAGGUGUCAAUUGUUAUUUUUGGCCCGGAAGAUUACAAAUCAUUCCAUGUGAGGGAAAGCGAACAAUUUUCCUAGACGGCACUUCAGGGUUCGUGCAUAAUUCUGUGAAAUCAAUCUUCGAUUACAUUGACAACAACUAUCCAGCACGCGAUGAACCAUGCGACAUUUUAAUUACCGGUUCGAUUCAUCUUCUUGGUGCAACACUUAUAGCGUUAAGAAUGGAGGAUCGUGUUUUAUGGCGUUAGUCGUUUCCU